GGAGGCUCCAGACCGGCCCCGUUUUCCACCCUGACUCCACUCCAGCCCUACAUCGCCAUGUGCCACACCAGCGGCUCCACUGGCUGCCAGCCGGCCUGCCGUGUGCCCAGCUCCUGCCAGGCGUCCUGCUACGUGCCCAGCUCCUGCCAGGCGUCCUGCUAUGUGCCCAGCUCCUGCCAGGCGUCCUGCUACGUGCCCAGCUCCUGCCAGGCGUCCUGCUAUGUGCCCAGCUCCUGCCAGGCGUCUUGCCGCGUGCCCGUGAGCUGCAAGCCUGUUGUGUACCUGCCUGUGAGCUGCAAGCCCAUUGUGUGUGUGACCCCCUCCUGCCAGUCCUCCGGGUGCUGCCGGCCCUCCUGCCCCACCCUGGUCCUCAGGCCUGUUCCCUGCGGCACCCCUAACUGUGGCUAGCCCGUGGCCUCCUAGGACCCCUCCUCCGUGGGGCCAGAAGUAGCUGCUGUCUGAACUCCCGGCAGGCAGACCUCGUCCACCUGAGACCUUCUGGACCUGACUAGACCAUCUUACAGCAAAGCCGCCUGAUCCCCACUAACCAGGCGGACAGAGUCACCCCCGGCGUCCCCCGACCCCAGCCCGGGUCGUCCACACGGCACCCACCCUGGCUGGUGCAAGUGCCCAGCCCCUGCAGCCGCCAGCACUGAGCUCUAAUAAAUCCCAGAGCGCAUGUGAAGCCCACCCGAGUGUGUGCUGUCUCUCCUUAGUGCUUUCCUCAAACUGCUUCCUCCAGGGCUCGCUCCCAGGCUUCUGGAAAGCUCCUUCUGCAGAGAAGCCACAGGGGACCAGAUGGCUGUGCCCGGGGGACUGACCACUCAAAGGCGGCCCCUUGGGCGCGUGGACACUCCUAGCUCAGCCCGACGGGCCCCCAGGGCUUCCUGUGUCCCUUGAACGUGAGGUCAGUUCUCACUCAGCUCUGGGCGGGACCCAGGGUGACCCUCUGACUUUGUGAGGUUAAAAGUCCCCCGCUCGGCAAUUACUAUGCGAGCCCACCCCGGUCUAACCAUUAAAACUGUCCGCUCCAUA